CUCUUUACAAACGUUUUAAAGCUUUAGGAUCACUGUGCUGACCACACAAGCUGCUGCAGAUCAAAGGUACACCAGGCCUGGAUCAGUGUUUAGCUGUGGCACCGUCCUGACAGGGGGCAUUGGGCGAACUGCUGCUACCAACAACUUAAUGUUCUCCUUUUACAGAUGAUACACUUGGCCCUGUCUUUCAAUGGUUAAUCCUGUCUCUCUCCUAGACAUAAUAAUUCCACUGAAUAUGGUAAAAUUGUGUUUGAACUACAAAUGUUUAAAAUACUGGAAGUAAAGUAAGAAAUGCAGCAGUCUAAUACCUUUGGAGAUCUUCUGCUCCACCCAACAUCAACUGCCGUUAAGCUCCUCCUUAUUACUCAACACAGAGUUCAGCUCUGGUGCUACAUUUCCUGGUUCCUCCCGUUUUACACAUCUGAAAGCUUUAGGAUCGCUGAGCUGACCACACAAGCUGCUGCAGAUCAGUAAGUAACAACCUGGUGUUUGGAUUCUUGUGGGAAACAUCUACAGCAGCAAUAGAUAUUAGAAACAUUUGUGUGGUUGAGAAGUGAAAUGGCUCAGAGAGGAAAUCAGAUGGAUUCAACAAAAUUAUCCUGUUCCAUCUGUUUGGAUCUACUGAAGGAUCCAGUGACUAUUCCCUGUGGACACAGCUACUGUAGGAACUGUAUUAAAAUCUUCUGGGAUGGAGAAGAUCAGAGGAGAAUCCACAGCUGUCCUCAGUGCAGGAAAGAGUUCAUACCGAGACCUGUCCUGGAGAAGAACAUCAUGUUAGCAGAGUUAGUGGAGGAUCUGAAGAAGACUGGACUCCAAGCUGCUCCAGCUGAUCACUGCUAUGCUGGACCUGAAGAUGUGGCCUGUGAUGUCUGCACUGGAAGGAAGAUGAAAGCUGUCAGAUCCUGUCUGGUCUGUUUAAUUUCUUACUGUCAGAAUCACCUCCAACCUCACUAUGAUGUCCCUGGACUAAAGAAACACAAGCUGGUGAACCCCUCCAAGAAGCUCCAGGACAACAUCUGCUCUAGUCAUGAUGAGGUGAUGAAGAUCUUCUGUCGUACUGAUCAGCAGUGUAUCUGUUAUCUCUGCACUAUGGAUGAACAUAAAGGUCAUGAAACAGUCUCAGCUGCAGCAGAAAUGACUGAGAAGCAGAAGAAGCUCCAGGUGAGUCAACAACAAAUCCAGCAGAGAAUCCAGGACCAAGAGAAAGAUCUGAAGCUGCUUCAACAGGAGGUGGAGGCCAUCAAUGUCUCUGCUGAUAAAGCAGUGGAGGACAGUGAGAAGAUCUUCACUGAGAUGAUCCGUCUCAUCCAGAAAAGAAGCUCUGAUGUGAAGCAGCAGAUCAGAUCUCAGCAGGAAACAGAAGUGAGUCGAGUCAAAGAUCUUCAGAAGAAGCUGGAGCAGGAGAUCACUGAGCUGAAGAGGAAAGAUGCUGAACUGGAGCAGCUCUCAAACACAGAGGAUCACAACCAGUUUCUCCACAACUACCCCUCACUGUCAGCACUCAGUGAGUCUACACACUCAUCCAGCAUCAAUAUUCGUCCUCUGAGAUACUUUGAGGAUGUGACAGCAGCUGUGUCAGAGCUCAGAGAUAAACUACAGGACAUCCUGAGAGACAAAUGGACAAAUAUCUCACUGGCAGUCACUGAAGUGGAUGUUUUACUGUCAGAACCAGAACCAAAGACUAGGGCUGGAUUCUUAAAAUAUUUAACAGAAAUCACUCUGGAUCCAAACACAGCAAAUAGAAAUAUGUUAUUAGCUGAGGGGGAGAGAAAAGUAAUAUUAAUGGAAGAACAGCAAUUUUAUCCUGAUCAUCCAGACAGAUUCACUGGAUGGUUUCAGGCCCUGAGUAGAGAGAGUCUGACUGGACGUUGUUACUGGGACGUGGAGUGGAGACGAGAAGGAGUUGCUGUAGCAGUUUCAUACAAGAACAUCAGGAGAGCAGGAGGGUCAAAGGAAUGUUUAUUUGGGGCCAAUGACAAAUCUUGGUCAUUAUGCUGUAACACAAACAGUUACACAUUUUAUCACAACAACAUUAAAACCCCAGUAUCAGGUCCAGUUUCCUCCAGAAUAGGAGUUUUUCUGGACCACAGAGCAGGUAUUCUGUCUUUCUACAGCGUCUCAAGAACCAUGACUCUCCUCCACAGAGUCCAGACCACAUUCACUCAGCCUCUACAUGCUGGAGUUUGGCUUUAUGAUGAUGGAAACUCUGCUGAGUUCAUUAAAAUGAAAUAAUCAGAACUGUUCUGAGGUCCAGUUGGUUAAAAUGUGUAUUUUAGUUCCAGUUUCUUUAGUCUCCAUCAUUGUUGCUGAGAGCUCAUUGUUGUGUCAUUUCUUCACUGCUCAGAGAUCAACUGUCUUUAUGGAGCUACUUUGUCAUCUUGUUUGUUGUUUUGUUGAUGUUGGAGUUUGUUUGGGUGCUGCCCCUUCCUGUUUCUGUUCAGCCAUGGAGGCUAUCACUGCUCAGGAGGAGUUUUAUUUACCUAAACUAAUUACAUUCACAUUUAUUGCUUUGUCAGACCAAAUGUUGUUGUUGUUCAAAUCCAUGUACAGAUGAGCUGAUGGAAACUGUAAUUAUCAUGAUCAUCAUCAAUCAGGACAUCAGUCAUCAUUUUUAUUCAACAGAUUCUGGAUCAAACUGAUUGUAGAAAUGAAUUUAAAAGAGCAGAACAUUAUUGGAUGUUGAGGUAGGAGACUGCUGAGUUCUUUAAAGCUAUAUAGAGUAAUACAAAAUACAAAUAUUUCUGUUGUUCUGUUGGGUUGUAAAAAUAUUUGUAAACAAAACUGUGCUUACUUUGGUAUCUUCCGCUUGAUUAUUUAGACAGAAUGAUGUCUAUUGUUUUUCUUUUGGUAUUUCCCACAUUUUAAACAUUUCAUUGGUUGUUGUAGCAUUAAUUGCCGUUGAUUUUUUUUUUUAACUGUGUCCUGUCCGGUAGACUGGCACUCAUAAUUGUUAUCUGAGUGCCAAGCAUUACGACUAACGGAAAAGGAAAUAGGGAUAGAAGGAUAGAAGGAGAAAAGAAUAGAGGAGAGAAAGAAGGGUGAAGAGAAUACAAGAUAGCACCCUAGAAGACUGCUUCUACACCUGCAGAAACACAUACAUAACAACAGCAUUGAAAAGUGCAUGGUACUAUUGAAUGCAAGAUGUAUUUAGUGGUAACUGUGGCUCAAUAUAGAAUAUCCGUGUAUCUGUUAACACCUGAAUCCAAACACCUGUGGGUACUUGUGUAUAGAAAGUUUCUCCAUAAAAAUAUGCAACUAGUGUGUGUGAGGAGCCACAGACCUGCCCCCCUGGCCCCUGGACCCAAGACAGACACAGAGGAGAUUUGAGCCACAGACAUCCAAAGGCCUCUCACAGCACGGGAACCCCCCGGAAGGACCACCACCAGGACUACCGCAGCCCCCCCCCAGAGAAGACCAGAGGAGAGACCCAGGAGGACCUCCCAGCAGCUACAAUGCAGACGCCCCAGGGAGCUGCAGCGACAAGCCCAAGACACUGGCAUCUACGUUGGAGCAGAUCCAGCCUUGGACCCUGAGGGAGUGUGGUUGGGAGGAAAUAGGCCCUGCAUUUGAUGGGGGCCUAAACUUAUCCAGGAGAGGGAGCAGCCCAAGACCCAACCUGACACAAAAACAGGCACACACAAUCACAAUCACACAUUCCCCCCCUCAUGCGUACACAUAAAAACACUCACACCCACACACCUAACCU